AUGGCAGCCAUGGCGCUUUUCCUCAACACUGUCGCACCUUCCUCGGCCUCUUACCCAAAACUGGCAAAAACUCACCUCGCCCCACCCCUUAACCUCCCCCUCCGCCGCCGCCUCUCCGCCAGAAUCCGAUUCGAUACCCAGAUUUCUGCCUCCCUGAUUGACCCGGAUGGAGACAGACUUGUCGAGCUUUUUGUUCGAAAAUCUGAAAAAGAGUCGAAAUUGAAGCAGGCCAUGGGCUUGCCUCAGAUCAGACUCUCCAUGAUUGACCUUCAAUGGGUCCAUGUGCUCAGCGAGGGGUGGGCCAGCCCAUUGAAGGGGUUCAUGAGAGAGUCUGAGUUCCUCCAAACGCUUCAUUUUAACUCGCUCCGACUCAAUGACGGGUCGGUCGUGAACAUGUCGGUCGCGAUCGUUCUGGCCAUUGAUGAUGCCCAGAAGGGCCAGAUCGAGUCGUCCACCAGCGUUGCGCUCGUGGAUCAGAAUGACAACCUGGUUGCUAUAUUGAAUGACAUUGAAAUUUACAAGCAUAACAAAGAAGAAAGAAUAGCAAGAACCUGGGGUACCACUGCACAUGGUCUACCUUAUGUCGAGGAAGCUAUUGCCCCUGCUGGAAACUGGCUGAUUGGUGGUGAUUUAGAGGUUAUAGAACCCAUCAAGUACAAUGAUGGUCUUGAUCGCUUCCGGCUUUCCCCGUCACAACUCCGUGAUGAGUUUCUGAGACGCGAUACAGAUGCUGUUUUUGCUUUCCAGCUCAGAAAUCCCGUGCACAAUGGGCAUGCUCUAUUGAUGACCGACACACGCCGUCGGCUUUUGGAAAUGGGAUAUAAGAAUCCUGUUCUCUUGCUUCAUCCAUUGGGAGGUUAUACAAAAGCAGACGAUGUUCCACUUAGUUGGCGAAUGAAGCAACAUGAGAAGGUGCUUGAGGAUGGCGUUCUUGAUCCAGAGACUACAGUAGUUUCUAUAUUCCCAUCUCCAAUGCACUAUGCUGGCCCAACUGAGGUGCAGUGGCACGCUAAGGCUAGGAUUAACGCAGGUGCAAACUUCUACAUAGUAGGCCGGGACCCUGCUGGCAUGAGCCACCCACUUGAGAAAAGAGAUCUUUAUGAUGCAGAUCAUGGUAAGAAGGUGCUGAGUAUGGCUCCUGGAUCGGAGCGGCUUAACAUUCUUCCAUUCAAGGUGGCUGCUUAUGACAAGACUCAGGGUAAAAUGGCAUUCUUUGAUCCAUCAAGGCCUCAAGACUUUCUGUUCAUAUCUGGUACCAAGAUGCGAACACUUGCAAAGAAAGGGGAGAAUCCUCCCGAUGGAUUCAUGUGCCCAGGUGGCUGGAAAGUUUUGGUCGACUAUUAUGACAGUUUGGCUCCCUCUGGGGAUGGCAGAGUACCUGAACCUGUCCCUGCUUAA